UGUCAGCUGCUGUUGCUGGGCGGCGCAUAGCAACCAGGAAGAAUCUGCACUAACACUAAGAGAUGUUAUAGCAAAUAACAUUGAAUUAAUGCCCCAGGACGCGUCGAUCAAAUCAUAAGAAACCUAAUAAUCAGUCUUUGGCGAUGGAGGAGACGAACAGAGAAGCGGUAGCUACAGCCGUGCAGAGGGUGGCCGGGAUGCUGCAGCGCUCCGACCAGCUGGACAAAGUGGAGCAGUACAGGCGCAGAGAGGCUCGCAAGAAGGCGUCUGUGGAGGCCAGACUUAAGGCCGCCAUCCAGUCUCAGUUAGACGGUGUACGGACGGGCCUGACGCAGCUGCACAAUGCCCUGUGCGACGUCAAGGACAUCCAGAACUCGCUGGCUGACGUCAGUAAAGACUGGAGGCAGAGCAUCAACACCAUCGAGAACCUGAAGGACGUCAAGGAAGCCGUGGUGCAGCACAGCCAGCUGGCCUCCGCCGUGGAGAACCUCAAGAACAUCUUCUCAGUGCCGGAGAUCGUGCAGGAGACACGCGAGUUGAUCGAACGCGGCGAGCUGCUGCAGGCGCACCGCCGGCUCAUGGACCUGGAGUGCACGCGAGACAACCUGCUGUACGAGCAGCACCGACUGGACAGCAGGAGCGCGCCCGAGCCGGGCCUCAUCGGCGCCUACUUCGGCGAGGUCCAGGGCCUCUCUGACGAGCUCGCCAAGCAGCUGUGGCUCGUCGUGCAGCGCGCGUUGGUCACCGUGCGCCGUGACCCCACCAUACUGGUGUCUGUUGUACGGAUCAUCGAGCGGGAGGAAAGGAUGGACCGGCGCAUGCUGGAGCGCAACCGGCAGACCUCUUUUCUCCCUCCGGGCCGGCCCAAGUGCUGGAAGAACCGGAUGAGCGAGGUGCUGGAGGGCACGGUGAGCGGCCGCAUCGAGAGCACGCAGGCCGAGACGCGGCAGUCCGACAAGAUGUGGCUGGUGCGCCUGCUGGAGAUCAUGCGCCGCUACGUCCUGGACGACCUUAUCGUGGUCAAGAACCUGCUGGUGCAGUGCUUCCCGCCGAACUACGACACCUUCCACCUCUUCCUGAACCUCUACCACAGGGCCGUGUCCGCGCGCGUCCAGGAGCUCGCCGAAGACGACCUGGAGCCUAACGAGAUCGUGUCCCUCCUCACCUGGGUGCUUAACACGUACAAAAGUGUGGAGAUGAUGGGUCAUCCAGAUCUGUCCCCCGAGUGUGACGUCAAGCAGCUGGAGGCGCUCCUGCCUGAGGAUGUGGUGAACCUGCUGCUCAGCAAAUACCUCGCCACUUUCACCUCAAACAUCACAGGGUGGCUGCGGAAAGCUCUAGAAACAGACAAAAAGGACUGGCAAAAGGACACGGAGCCCGAGGCGGACCAGGACGGCUACUAUCAGACCACUCUACCUGCCAUCGUAUUCCAGAUGUUCGAACAGAACCUGCAAGUGGCGGCUCAGAUUAACGAGAUGUUCAAAGACCAGGUCCUGAUGCUCUGUCUGAAACAGAUGACCUCCUUCCUGGUCAGGUACCGGGACGAAGCCAUCGCUUACAAGGAGGAGCACCUGAAAGACCGCCAGCUUCCGCAGUGCUACGUCCAGUACAUGAUCGCCAUCAUCAACAACUGCCAGACCUUUAAGGAGUCUAUAAAUAGCCUCAAACGGAAAUACUCGCAGUCGACGGAGCCGAGCCAAAACGACGCAGCCAUCGAGAAAACCCUAAACGACGUGGCCAAGGAGGGCUGCCAGUUCCUACUGGAUGAAGUCUUCCUCGAUUUGGAGAACCAUCUGAACGAGCUGAUGACCCGGAAGUGGUUGACAGGCUCUCAUGCAGUGGACACCAUCUGCGUGACAGUGGAAGAUUACUUCAAUGACUUCGCCAAAAUUAAGAAGCCUUACAAUCAGGAGAUGACAAGGGAGGCUCACCGGCGCGUGGUUGUGGAGUACCUGAAGGCCAUCAUGCAGAAACGCAUUACCUUUAAAAACGCAGAGGAGAGGAAGGAGGGAGCGGAGAGGAUGAUCAAAGAGGCAGAUCAGUUCAGCUUCCUCUUCAAAAAACUCUCUGCCGGAGACGACACCGACUGGCUAUGUGGCUCCAUCUCUGCCAUAGCGGAGGUGUUCAAGCUGACCGACCCCACGCUUCUCUUCCUGGAAGUUUCCACACUGGUCUCCAAGUACCCAGACAUCAGGGAGGAACACAUCGUUGCCUUGCUGGCGGUCCGAGGCGAUGCCAAUCGCGACACGAGGCAGAUGAUCAUCGAGACCCUGAACCAGAGCAAACCGUCCGUCUCCCCGAACUCGCUCCCCAUCUUCAGGGACAUCACCGUGCCAACCAUCACAGCCAUGACGGCAAUGGCAGUGCCCAAACUGCUGAAAUAACCCACCAAGACCCUGGCCCUUUGACCUCGUUCGGUCAAUAGCAGGAUGAGAAUCGGCUUUCGUCGCAUGCAUGGUGGAAGUUGAGUGUACAGAAAACGUCUAGAUGAUGAUUUAUUUUUUCCUUUUGCCCCCAUCCUGCUUGCACACAACAAGACCGGAGAAAUGGUUUCUCCAGCAACUCAGAUCAGAGCCCGAGCCUCAUGUCACAGUUUUUCCAGGAGUUUCCUGUUUACAUGCGUGACUUGAUGAUUUCUUCACAGCUCACACUUCCUGAUGUGUGAAACAGAACAACACUAAAGUGCAUGGAACACACACACACACUGAUGCUGUAAAGAUAAGGAGAGCCACCACAGACAAAAGCAAAUUAAUUCAUAUUAAUAAAGAUUAUGAUUAAUACA